AUGAACAAACUCCUCAAUAAGCUAAUGUUAGAUGGGCAAACCUAUGUGAUUGAAGAUGGCUCAAACUUGGUGGACGAAGUGAGUGAGGAGAUGCUUCUUGACGACCCUCUGGAGGUAGCUUUGACUAAAGCCGAAGGAGAGUAUGAUUUCUUGAAUGAGGAGGCCGAUGGCUUCGGGAAAAUGAUGGAUGCAAGCGGCAAGAUGGAGAGACUGGUGGCGUACAUGAGCUUGGAGGACGAGGAGGAUCGAUCGAAACAGAUGUCGGAUCGAUCGACUCCACCUCAGGAGAGUCCCGUCAAUAGCCCUUGGUGCGAGUCGAGUGCACCUAAGCUCGAGCUGAAAACACUCCCUGCGAGGCUCAGGAAGUAUAGAAAAGCAAUAGGGUAUUCGCUUGAUGACAUUCCUGGAAUCUCUCCUGAACUUUGCAUGCAUAAAAUACAUCUAGAAGAUGAAUCGAUGACUUAUGUAGAACAUCAGAGGAGGUUAAACCCGAAUCUAAAAGAUGUUGUCAAGAAACAGAUAAUGAAACUUCUAGAACCUGGUGUAAUUUAUGCUAUAUCUGAUAGUAAGUGGGUUAGUCAAGUUCAUGUAGUUCCUAAGAAAUGUGGUAUUAUUGUGGUUAAGAAUGAUAGGAACGAGCUGAUACCCACUAGGACUGUCACUGGUCAUCGCAUGUGCAUUGAUCUGGAAGUAGAAGCUUUCGAUGUGUGGGGAGUUGACUUCAUGGGACAUUUCCCAUCUUCCUAUGGAAACCUAUACAUUUUGGUGGUUGUCGACUAUGUAUCUAAAUGGGUAGAGGCUUUGGCCAGUCCCACUAAUGAUGCAAAGGUCGUUCUGAAUAUGUUCAAGUCAGUGAUCUUCCCUCGAUUUGGCGUGCCGAGAGUUGUUAUAAGUGAUGGAGGUUCUCACUUCAUCAAUAGAACGUUUGAUAAUCUUUUGAAGAGGCACGGGGUGAAGCACAAGAUGGCGAGUCCUUAUCAUCCCCAGACGAGUGGCCAAGUGGAGCUAUCCAACAGAGAGAUCAAGAACAUUCUACGGAAAACUGCAUGCACAACUGGGAAAGAUUGGUCUGCAAAAUUGGAUGAUGUACUCUGGGCCUAUCGAACGGCCUACAAGACUCCUCUUGGUACAACACCAUUCAACCUGGUCUAUGGCAAGGCUUGUCACCUGCCUGUGGAGCUAGAAAACAAGGCUGCGUGGGCAGUUAAGCAGAUGAACUACGACGUGAAAUCUGCGGCAGAGAGAAGGAACAUGCAGUUGGUGGAGCUUGACGAGAUUAAGCACCUGGCCUAUGAUUGUUCGAAGAUCUACAAGGAGCGGACUAAAGCUUAUCACGACAAGAAUAUCCUGAAAAGGAACUUUUCCCAAGGAGAUCAAGUCCUGCUGUUUAACUCCAUGCUGAAGUUAUUUCCUGAAAAGCUGAAAUCAAGGUGGUCUGGACCCUUUGUUAUCAAAGAGGGAAUCUUUGUUCUCUCAGUGAUCCAUCUCCUGCCUAAUAGGCAUUCAAGUCAAGCUAGUGACUUAAACCAAGCGCUUGGUGGGAGGCAACCCACUAAUCGAGUCGACCCACCCGUUGAUCGACCCGCCCGCCCAACCGUUGACCCGCUGGGCCCACCACGAGUUCGGUUGAGUAUGAUUGUGUUUAUUCUUAGUGUGAGCUUAGUUGUUCUUCUGACGAAGUCGAUUGAGCCGCCAUUGCAAUAUCACUUGUUGAAGUCGAUCGCUUGGUACUUACGCCGGCGUGAAGAGUUUGUGAGAGGGAAGAGGCCCGUUGACUUUAACGACGACUUCGUGGAAGACGAGACGAUGGAGGAUGCCCCGUUUCCCAAGCCCACGGGAGAUGACGAUCCCGUUGAUACGACGACAGACGCAGAGAUGAAGCUCCUCUGA